CCGCUCCCUCUUUCAUUCUUUCUCUCUCUCUCUUUUCCCUCUCCUACUUGCGUAUACAUACGGCUUUCGCGUACGCUACAUAGCCUCUACCGUUCGUGAGGUUCACUGCGCGUGUCAACGGAUUCCGCAGAGCAGCAGCAGCGUCAGGCGAGCAGUGCUAUAUUGGCAGUGCGCGCGCGUGCAAGUGAAUAGAAAAGCGAGAAAGAGAGAGAAAGAGGGCGAAAUAUAGAAAGAAAAGCGCCGCCGCCGCCGCAGUGUAAAAAAUAAAACGCGUGAGUGUCGAUUUUCAUCUGCACACGCGCAUGUCCUUUAAUUCUCUUGAAUAGCUGUAUUCAAACGGGGGUUGAUGCGCACAGUGAUAAAUGUGCAGGCAAGAUGGAGAAUCAAACCACCACGGGAAUGGACCAAUUUUGCGGAACUAAGUUUUGGGACACAAAUCUCACAUGGUACACAGAUGACCCAGAUUUAACAGAAUGUUUUCAGAAAACAAGUCUCAUAUGGGUACCAUGUAUUUUUCUAUGGUUGUGUACAUCAUUCGAGGUGUACUACUUACUCACCAGCAAAAGAAGAAAUGUUCCUGUCUCAUGGUUAUACAUCUCCAAAUUUAUAUUGACAUUAGCACUUAUAGUACUUGCAAUUAUGGAUUUAGGCAAAUCAAUAAGAGAUAGUAUAUUGGAGUUACCAGUUUACAGUGUUGACUAUGUUACACCUUGUAUAAAAAUCCUUACCUUUACCUUAGCACUUGCGCUAUUAUUUUAUAAUAAGAAAUAUGGCAUGAGAACUUCAGGAUUACUGUGGAUGUUUUGGUUAUUUCUUAGUUUGUGUGGUAUAGUUCAAUAUAGAAGAUUAUUAAGAAAAAGUGAUAGUGAGCUUAGAUUGUAUUACGAAUAUGUAUCGUAUAUGAUAUACUUUCCAAUAGUGGUGCUAUUGUUCCUACUUAAUUUCCUAAUAGAUGCAGAACCAAAAGUCUCUGAAUACCAACCAGUAGAUAAACCAUGUCCAGAACAGAGUGCCUCAUUUCCAUCUCGUCUUAUCUUUGGGUGGUUUGAUUCAUUAGCAUGGACAGGUUUCAAACGUCCACUGGAAAUUACAGACUUAUGGUCAAUGAAUCCAGUAGAUAUGGCAAAAGAAAUAGUACCUAAAUUCGAUAAAUAUUGGAACAAAAGUCUUAAAAAAGUUGACAAACAAUUUUGGAACAGCUAUACCUUUUCUAGUGCCAAAGCCACGUUCAGAAAGUCUUCUGGGCAAAUUGAUAUUAGCAGUAACAAAAAGAAGAAAAUGGCUUCAGUAUUACUACCGUUAUGCAAAGCUUUUGGACCAAUAUUUCUCUUUGGAGUUAUGUUGAAAUUUGUUCAAGAUAUCAUGGUAUUUAUUAGUCCACAAAUUCUAAAGUUGCUCAUUCAAUUUGUGAAAAACGACGAACCCAUUUGGAAAGGCUUUUUUUAUGCUGUACUACUUUUCCUUACAGCCGUUAUUCAAACAUUGGUGUUAUCACAAUAUUUUCAUCGUAUGUUUUUAGUCGGUCUCCGCAUGCGAACUGCCCUCAUAGCAGCAAUUUACAGAAAGGCUUUACGUAUGUCAAAUUCAGCGAGAAAAGAAUCCACUGUUGGAGAGAUCGUUAAUUUAAUGUCUGUAGAUGCUCAAAGAUUUAUGGACGUAACGGCGUACAUCAAUAUGAUUUGGUCAGCACCAUUGCAGAUUCUUUUGGCUUUAUAUUUCUUGUGGAGAAUCUUGGAAGGUCCAGCGGUACUUGCCGGUUUAGCAGUGAUGAUUAUUCUAAUACCUGUGAACGCAUUACUUGCUGGAAAAGUAAGAAAUUUACAAAUCAAACAAAUGAAAAAUAAAGACGAAAGAGUGAAAUUGAUGAAUGAGGUAUUGAGUGGAAUCAAAGUUUUAAAGCUGUAUGCUUGGGAACCGUCAUUUGAAGAGCAAAUUUUGAAUAUUAGAAACAAAGAAAUCAAAGUACUUAAAGAAGCAGCCUAUCUUAAUGCGGGUACCAGUUUUAUCUGGUCUUGUGCACCAUUUCUGGUGUCUUUAGUUUCAUUCGCCACGUUCAUUCUGAUAGAUGAUACUCAUAUACUAGACAGUGAAACGGCAUUCGUGUCUUUAAGUUUGUUCAACAUUUUAAGAUUUCCACUAUCCAUGUUGCCCAUGAUGAUAAGCAAUGUGGUUCAAGCAUCAGUUUCCGUGAAACGUAUAAAUCAAUUCAUGAAUUCGGAAGAAUUGGAUCCGGACAAUGUGCAGCAUGAUCAAUCAGAAGUGAAUCCACUAAUCAUCGAAAACGGUAACUUCGCAUGGGAUUCGGAGAACAUUGAAAAGCCCGUGUUACGAAACAUCAAUCUACAAAUCAAGCCAGGACAAUUAGUUGCUGUUGUAGGCACUGUUGGUUCUGGAAAAAGCUCUUUGAUUUCAGCCAUGCUCGGAGAAAUGGAAAAAUUGAGUGGCAGAGUUAAUACAAAGGGUUCCAUUGCUUACGUUUCCCAACAAGCUUGGAUACAAAACGCUACGCUCCAAAACAAUAUUCUCUUUGGCAAACCUCUUGAAAAGGCAUUGUAUCAUCGCGUCGUCGAAGCGUGUGCUCUAACUCCAGAUUUAAAAGUAUUACCGGCCGGUGAUCAAACUGAAAUCGGUGAAAAGGGCAUCAAUUUGUCAGGUGGACAAAAGCAAAGAGUCUCGCUGGCGAGAGCUGUGUACAAUAAUUCUGAUAUCUAUUUUCUGGAUGAUCCUCUCAGCGCUGUAGAUUCACAUGUAGGCAAACAUAUUUUUGAAAAUCUCAUAGGACCAAAAGGUCUGAUGAGAAAGAAGACUAGAGUUCUUGUUACUCACGGUAUCACAUACUUACCUGAGGUGGACAAUAUCAUAGUGCUAAAAGAUGGACAAAUUAGUGAAAGUGGCACUUAUAAAGAGCUGCUUGAGAAACGUGGUGCUUUCGCAGAUUUCUUGGUGCAACAUUUACAAGAAGUGAAAUCUGAAGAAGAAGAAACUGAAGACUUGGCCGAAAUUAAACAAAGACUUGAGAGUACAAUUGGUAGUGAAGAAUUGCAGCAGAGGAUAAGUCAGGCAAGAACUAAACUUUCCGGUAGUAUCAGUGAAUCUGGUUCGAUCGGCGACCGAAAGUCUCUCAAUGGUUCACUACAUAGGCAACAUUCUACCGAUAGUCAACAAUCGGGCAGUCCUUUGCGUAGUAAUAGUACUGUGAAGGAGAAAGAACAAGCUCAGUACAAAACUGGAGAGAAACUUAUUGAGACUGAAAAAGCUGAAACUGGUAGUGUGAAAUGGAAAGUCUAUUCUCACUAUUUGAAAUCUAUAGGAUGGUUCUUGGCACUAUCUACUAUCAUUAUGAAUGCGGUAUUUCAAUCAUUUAGUAUCGGUUCAAAUAUGUGGUUGAGUGAAUGGUCCGACGACAAAUCAUUACAUAAUAAGUCCACUUACGAUCCUUCCAAGCAAAAAAUAUAUCUUGGUAUUUAUGGUGCACUUGGUUUGGGACAAGUAUUGAGCGUAAUAUGCACGUCGUUGAGCGUACAGCUCGGCACACUACGCUCGUCCAGCGUCAUGUUUCGUGAGACAUUACACAACACAUUGCGCGGCCCCAUGUCCCUGUUCGACACGGUGCCGAUCGGCCGUAUUCUCAGUCGCUUCGGCGCCGAUAUUGAUACCAUGGAUAACAAGCUUCCGAUGUCGCUUAUGCAGUGCCUAUCGUGUUUGUUUAGGCUGGGCUGUUGGCUGGCCGCACGUCAGAUGCACAUCAUCAUGCUGCGCGGAGUGCUGCGCGCUCCGCUCACCUUUUUUGACACGACACCCAUCGGUCGUAUUAUCUCCAGGUUCGCUAAGGACGUCGAUGUCCUGGACGUGUCGCUUCCCCAACAAAUUUCCGAUAGCAUCUAUUGUACGUUCGAGGUGAUCGCUACCCUCUUCGUCAUCAGUUACAGUACACCGAUUUUCAUAGCCGUAAUUGUACCGAUUGGCGUGAUUUAUUACUUUAUCCAGCGAUUCUAUGUCGCUACCUCACGGCAGCUCAAGCGAUUGGAGUCGGUGUCUAGGUCGCCGAUUUAUUCGCAUUUCGGCGAAUCGGUCACCGGUGCUCAAACCAUUCGGGCUUAUGGCGUCGAAGACAGGUUUAUCAAGGAAUCUGAGAACAGAGUUGACUUCAAUCAAGUUUGCUACUAUCCUAGUAUCAUUUCUAACAGGUGGCUCGCAGUGCGUUUGGAAAUGGUAGGAAAUUUAAUCAUUUUAUUUGCUGCACUGUUCGCCGUUCUUGGUAAGGAAACAAUGAACGCUGGCCUUGUUGGCUUGUCCAUUAGUUACGCGUUACAGAUCACGCAAACGUUGAAUUGGCUUGUGCGGAUGACAUCGGAUGUAGAAACGAAUAUCGUAGCAGUCGAAAGAAUAAAAGAGUACGGUGAAACUCCUCAAGAAGCAUCAUGGGAUAUACCGGAAACGGAUCCAUCAAAGGAAUGGCCAUCGCGCGGUAGCGUUGAGUUCCGCGAUUACAAAGUUCGCUACAGAGAAGGUUUGGAUCUCGUGCUAAACGGUCUCAGUUUCAAUGUCACUGGGGGCGAGAAAAUCGGUAUCGUCGGUCGAACUGGCGCCGGCAAAUCUUCACUUACUCUUGCUCUAUUCCGAAUUAUCGAGGCUGCCGCCGGCAAGAUUCUCAUUGACAAUGUCGAAAUCUCCAAGCUAGGAUUGCACACACUUAGAUCAAGAUUGACCAUCAUACCCCAAGACCCAGUGUUGUUCUCUGGCACUCUGAGAAUAAAUUUGGAUCCGUUCAAGAACAGCUCUGAUGACGAUCUUUGGAGGGCACUUGCUCAUGCUCAUCUGAAAGACUUUGUUAAAUCUUUGCCAAACGGUUUGGAACACGAGGUGACCGAGGGAGGAGACAACUUGAGCGUUGGGCAAAGGCAGCUAAUAUGUUUAGCAAGAGCUCUUUUAAGGAAAACUAAAGUUCUGAUUUUGGAUGAGGCGACAGCUGCUGUUGAUCUUGAAACUGAUGACCUCAUUCAAAGAACAAUCCGAGAAGAAUUUAAAGAGUGUACAGUGCUUACUAUAGCCCACAGACUUAAUACCAUCCUUGAUUCAGACAGGGUCAUUGUCCUAGAUAAAGGUUCAAUCGUUGAAUUCGAUGCACCAAAUAUCCUUCUUCAGAAACCUGAAAGCUUUUUCUACAGUAUGGCCAAAGACGCUGGGUUAACAUUAUCGUGAGGUGCACUAGUAGAUUUUGUCAAUUAACGAAUUUACAAUCUUGCCUAUGAGCUUUGGUCGUAACAAUGAUCUAUCUUAUAAUAACCGUAGUUUAGAACCAUAUAAUUUUCAGAAACAAAAACAAUCGAAUUAUUAUAAUAGGUAUUUGCAAAAAAUUUGCAAUCAACGAACCUUGUGCUUGCGUAUAUGUGUUGGUUAUAAACAAGUUUUAGGAAAUAUUUUUUGCAUCUCAUUUAAACGGUGUUUCCAACAAAAAUUACUUAUAAUCUAUAUACCUAUGUAAAUUAAGUCAUUUUUACUACUGCCAAUUUUAUCAAGUUGUCGUAUUAUUGUUAUCAAUUUAAUUCGGUACAUUGGAUAUUUUUGAGUAUCCAUCAGAACUAUUAUCACAAUUUAUGGUACUAAGAACAAAACUGCAUUACGUUUUCCUCGUGUUUUUAUUAUUCAAUUCUACCAAUGCAAUGUUAAGAUUAUAUUAUUUCUUAAUUACACGUUAAGAAGACAGUUUUUAAUUUGAUAUAAUUACGUAAGACGUGUUCAUUUUUGAGUUAUAUAAUACUUUUCUUGAUUGCUGGAACAUAAAAUCUAUAAUACAAAUUUACAGUAAUAGUAUUAUAUUUUUGCACUAAUCUCUUAAAUACUAAUAGUUCGUAAAAUUUACUACACAAUACUAAUUAAGAUUUAUUGUAGUUAAUUAGUUACUUGUAUUUUAUACUCAAAUUGCUAAGCGAAAAAAAACAGAUAUUUUUCAUACUACUAAUAUUGGGCCUAAAACUAAGUACUUAAGUUAUUAUACUUGAUUUUUCUACAAAAACUUACAUGAAAUUGUAAAAAAAUAUGCUAUCUUAGGUUUAGUUAAUCAUAAACAAAUAACUAAGAAAUUAUUUGUCAUGUCACACAAGUGACCGUUUUUUUCACUUAUUACUUGUUCACUUUUUGUCUCAAUUAACGCAGAAGUUUACUUAUACAUUGAAAAAAGUUCGCCAGUUUACUUACUUUCGACCAACAAUUACUUAAUAUUAAUGAUACGUUUUUUUAAAACAAUACCGAUAAUUUAUCAUAGAUGAAAUGGUUAUUUUUGCGUUAUACAUCUAUUUAAUAACAACAGAAAUCGAAAAACUUUGUAAACUUCAGAUUACAAAAAAUAGCAUUUCAAAAAAAGGAUCUUUUAAUGCGUGCCUAUAUUGGCUUGGUAUUGACAUUUAUCCAGGGUUUUAUCGAUGGUUCAACAAACCUUGUAUAGUUUAACAAAAUAAUAAGAAAUUGUUAUGAAAAAAUGUGUUAACUUUGUCCGCAGUUAUUGAAUAGCACGUUUAGUACCGACUGUAAAAUCCUGUGUUGUACAUAUCUCUGUUCGUUAAUUAAUAAAGAAAGUUUAAACUCUGAAAGUUCAUAAAGAUAAAUAGAACAAUAAAAUUUUCAGCUAGAGUGAGAUCAAAUCAAAGCAAUCUUAAUAAAAGCUGCUAUAAAACUUAGAGAGAAAGUUGUUAAAAUAUCAAAUCAAUUAACAAUUAAUAUAAAAAAUGAAUUUUUGUAAAUAAAUGCUUCCAAGUUUGAACUUUAGUUUAGCAAGUCAGUUAGUUCUCUAAUAUUUUACUACGUACUGUAAAAUAGUUAAUAUCUUAUUUUCUUCAGUAAUAAAAAAGCAACGUAAGCGAGCGUAUUGACCAUCGUAAUACCGAAAAUGAACAUACAAAGAGAUUUAUAAAAUCAGGUGCAUAAAAAAAUUGCAGCAUGAUGCGUAUGUAUGGGAUAAGUGCCUUUUUGUAAGAAUGAUAUACGAGUGCUAAAUGUUUCUGGUAUCUUUUAGGUGCUGUGCAUGUGUACAUUAAAACAAAAAUAAAGAAUUAUAAGAAAGCUUCAACAGUAGUAACAAUAUUAAGAAAUAACUAGGAAACCCUUGUCAUUUUUAUUUCAUAAUACUCGAAUUUUUAACUUGAACCAACAUUCCUUAAUAUGUAAUCAUUUAAUAUCAUUUUCCACAGCUUUAUACUAAACAGAAAAAAUGUUCUAAUGCUUGACAAAUCUGUAUAGUUUUAUUUUGAACAAAAGCUUUUAACGAUAAAUGUAAAAAAUCUUCUAA